AUUCGCAGGAUCUUCACCCUGCUAAGGGACGAGAAAGAUCCCCUUCUGAGCAUUUAGCCGACGUGGAAUACUACGCCAACCUUACGAGCAUUACUAUAGUAAACAGUUGUCGGAUUGCAGGACGCAGGACGCAUACGAAGAUAGACACCUUCUCUAUCCAACCAACGAAAGCCACGGAAGCCGUUUGAAGGGUUCGUUCUGCGUUCCUCGGCGUAUCCCUAACGCAAGGGCCGACCCCUAUAGAAGUGCCGACUCGCACCGGUUCUCACAACUUCCAAGGAAUCUUUUUCUUGACAUUCUUUCUACUACAGAACUCUUCAAUUCCACACAAUCUGGAAAAAUUGAGAGGAGCUAUGAAUUCGGACAAGGAGGAUUCCGUGGGUGUUGCAGAGUCGUCUCAAAGCGAGAAUGAGACGGCGCCAAUCGAUCCACCCCCGGAUGGAGGCCUUGGAUGGCUUCAAGUUUUUGUUGGACAUCUUGCCCUGUUCAAUACAUUUGGUUGGUUUAACAGUUAUGGUAUUUUCCAAGCCUACUACACGGAGGAAUUGCACCUACCUCUGUCGGCCGUAUCUUGGACCGGGAGUGUGCAGGUGUUCCUACUAGCCUUGAUUGGCAUGUUCUCAGGCCGCCUAUUCGACGCGGGCUACUUCCGGUCGCUAAUUGCGAUCGGCUCUGUGCUCCAGCUCUUGGCCGUCUUCACGGCUUCCAUAGCCACAGAAUACUGGCAACUGCUCUUGGCGCAAGGGUUCUGCGGCGGACUCGGAGCCGGCAUCCUGUAUUGCCCAAUUAUCUCCAACGUGGCCACCUACUUUCGGCGGAAACGUGCCCUGGCGAUCGGCAUAACCACAAGUGGUGCUGCGACGGGCGGUACCAUCUUUCCAAUCAUCGCCCAGCAGCUGCCGGGCAAAGUUGGCUUCCCGUGGACGAUGCGGGUCAUGGGGUUCGUCAUACUGUUCAACGCUACGGUCAUGCUCCUCUUUGCUCGAUCGAGGUUGUCACCUCGGUCUAGAGGCCCGCUUGUCGAAUGGGGCGCAUUUAGAGAACUCCCAUAUACUUUUUACACAGCAGGCGCUUUUUGUCUUCUGAUGGGGGUCUACUUGACGUACAAUUAUAUCAACACCUAUGGAAGGACGAUCAUAGGUAUGGAUGCAGAUACUUCGCUUAACACGCUCUUCAUCGCCAACGCCGUUGGCGUCCCGGGCCGAAUCGUGCCAGCGCUCGUUUCCGACGCCUAUCUCGGGCCGUUCCGGACGCUGGUGCCGCUCGCAGUCGGUUCGAGUGUUCUGUACUUCGGUUGGAUCGGCAUCCGAGACGAAAGCUCUCUGUACGUGUUCGCGGUCUUGUCCGGCCUAGUCAAUGGCGGCGUGCAGGCCAUAUCGAUGGCGGGCUUGCCCUCCCUGACCAAAGAUCUGAGCAAGGUUGGCGUUCGCAGCGGCAUGAUCAUGACCAUCGGAUCCAUCGGAUGCCUGUCCGGCCCGCCGAUCGCUGGGGCGUUGGUAGAUGCUGCAGGCGGUCGAUUCCUGUACAUGCAAAUAUGGGCAGGGUGUAUAAUGUUUUUAAGCGCGUGCUUUGUGGCUGCUUCGUGGUUUGCCCGCACGAAACAGGGUGGAUGAUAGCAUACGUUAACACUUCAUCAACGCUGAUCUCUCGUGUUCUAGACAUCAAUUUAUAAAAUACGUUUAUGCAA